AUGCAUUCAACUCAGGCAGUUUCGGUAUCACUCCUGGCCCUCGGCCUUGUUAUAUCUGCCGCUUCCGCGAGUCUUGGGUAUGCGUUUGGAACAAGACAGGCUGCACAACCAAUAUCACGGGAGACAGUGGAUUUACUGACGACAGAGCUUGUCAUUGAGGCAAAGGAUGAGGGAGAUUCGAGCGAAGAUGGAGAGGACUCUGCGGAUGGUGACUUGGCUGCUAUUCAAGCCGGUGUCUUUGAGCCUUGCAAGCUUGUCUUAAUCGUCCGCACGGACCUAAAGAUGACUUCGGGAAAAAUCGCUGCACAACACGCAACCUUAGCAUGCUAUAAAGCUCUGGCGAAAAAAAACCCGAAGCUAGUACAACACUGGGAACGGACAGGUCAAGCCAAAAUCGCUCUGAGAGGUUCGUCAGAGGAUGAAAUCUUAGAGCUGGAAGCGAUUGCGAAAAGCCUGAAUCUUUGUGCCCGGUCGAUACAAGACGCGGGUAGGACUCAAGUGGAAGCAGGUUCCCGAACUGUCCUGGGCAUAGGACCUGCGCCCGUUUCACUGGUCAACCAAGUAACUGGACAUCUCAAGCUACUAUGA